CCAGGAUGAUGAAUAAGAACAGCAAAUCGAUGAAGAUGAAGAUCUGCCACUUCGAAGCAGGCAUAGAGAAGCUGCUUCCAUGGCAGCUGCCGAAACCCCAAUAGGACAGCUAUGGAGGAAGCACCACGCAGAGCAGGGCCUGAUGUCCCUGGGCCAAUUCCGCACCAGCCAGAAUUCCCGUACAAUAAACCUGCGCCCGGAAAUGGGGCCUGGUUUACUGUCGAACUUCGAGAUGAGCUCUACGCUCUUCGUCGAGAGCUGGACAGAUUGCGGAAGAAGGUCGAUAAGAUAUCGGACGAAGUGAACGCGGGUGCCGAACGACUUGCUGACGUUACGGCCCACAAGAUCAAGCAGUUGGUCGACGCAGCAGUACAAGAGGCAUUGACAGCUCACGCUGGGAAGAAGGCGGAUGAUGGAAACUCCCAACAAGCAAGCCGUGGGAGAGGAAAGGAUGGUGACGUCUCGAAGGUGAUGUCGGAACUAAAGGGGCUCAAGAAGCAGCUGGAGGAUUUUCAGGGCAUGAAGUACGACAUUGCCUCCUUACAAGGAAGUGUGGUUAACUUAAAACCACCAACAAGGCAGUUUAUCUCUCCCAGGCAGCUACUAACCAAUGGGAAGACUCCAAUCAAGAAGGCCACACCGAAGCCGAGCGAAGCACUGGCGAGCACGUCGAAGAAGACUCAGUGGGGUAUCGACCCCCGGAAGAGCGCACGACGAUCGACGGCGAGACGGAGAAUACUGCUUGGUAAGCAGAUCUCCGAGGAUAUGCUGAGUGCCCUCCAAAUGGAGGAUCUCAAGCGGCUGUGCGCAAUGCACAAUGUACGCUACAGGAGCAUGCCACAAGCUAGGGUGGCUUUACGGAAGAUACCGGGACUUAUACUGUCCGACACCGACGAUCUGCCGGACAAGACUGGGACAGGUGACGAGGCCAAUGGAGGUCGGCCAGAUGGUGACAAGACGAAGGAAUCAGAGUCCGAAGAAGAAGGGAGUUCGUCAGAAGACGUGGAGGCAGAGUUCUCCGAAGGACCAGUCGCAUCAGAGGAAGUGCAGCCGAACGCGCAUUAGCCACCACGAUCGCAGUGCGCAAGCUUCCCUACUACUAUCACAUGGAGUCUUGCUACACAAUG